AUGCCGCCUCGUCGUCGUCCGACUGCUUACGAGAUAAGCUUUCCCGAUGAAGCUCAAGACGGUAGUGGCACAGACACUAGCGGCACUCAGAGCGGCCGAAAACGCAGCCUCGAUGGUCUGUCUGACCAAAGUGUUCGUGGUUCUAAACGCCGUAGUCUUGGUAGUUCUCGUCCUCUGGCAGUGAGCCACUACCAUCACCAGCCAAAUGAGAUACGUGAGACGAAAGACUUCGUGGUAUUCGGCGAAGAUCCCGAUGAAGACGACGACGGUUCCAAACCCGUCAGGUCACUUUCCGACUUCUCCAUCUUUGACCCCAAUCAUGACAAUGAGAUGGUUUUAUUGACGGCUCUGGAAGAGGACGAUGGAGUUAUCGAUCGUCACUUCGAGGGUGCAGGCAUCGUCGCUCCCAUAUUUGAAAACGACGAGGACGAGGGUCAGGAGGACGGCUUAGAGGAAGAAUUGGAACCGCAGUUGAUACUCCUCGGUGCAAUAUUACGCUAUGACUUCGAUUUCACGAAGCGAGAUGACCCAGUAUAUAUCGAAACGGAGCACUCUUGGUAUCAGCUCAAGGAUCCAUCGCGGAAAUACCUUCGUUACUUGCGCUCAUUUUUGGGAUCACGACGAAUAGUGCAACUGGUUAUCUCAUCAGCCUUGAAAGAGCCUAACCGAGUGUAUAAAGACUUUCUUCAAGAGUUUUUAACAUUGGACAUACUGGGGCAUCCCCUAGAAGAAAAGGACUUAUGGGCUGCAGUUCCUGAUCUCAGCCUGGCCUUGGAGACUAUAGAAAAUCCUGAUAGAAUAGCAGAGUCGCCUCUUAUUCAACAUCUUCAGCGUAAAGCACCGACGGCUCUUCCUAGAAGGGCGGGCCCUGCUGCUACGCGGAUUGCUAGACCUUCCUUCCCCAAACGGCCUCUUCACAAACUUAACGGAAAUUUGGACCUAGCUGUGCUUCGUACGGAGAACCAGAACCCAACCCAUGUUACACCGCUUAUAGCCCAAAUGGCAACAGGUUACUUUAAAGAACACUUGAUUGUAAUUGGACCACGUCCAAAGCCGUUGUCUGAAGCACCAACAUAUGAUCCACUACUGAGAAUGCGUAGAUUUAUAGAGCGAGCCGCAGUUGAAGAGCGACCAGUCCACAUCCAACCGGAACAACGGUUGAAGCCAAGGUCCCGCUGGCUUCGAUGUGUUCAGAUUGGUGGUGUAAACUACUCGUUAGGUGACGUCGUCGUGGUUGCAAUUGGCCAGUACGAGAAUAAAAAAGCCCCCGAGUUGCCUCAUCCGAAGGAUAUUCCUCCCAAGGCCCAUCUAGCUGAUUUCUUUUGGUUUGCCAAGAUUAUAUACCUUGACGGAGAACACGAAACAAUGCAUGUUCUUUGGUUCGAACAUAGCACAAAAACUGUUUUGCAAGAAAUUAGCGACCCACAAGAGCUCUUUUUGACAGACAUAUGUAAUUCUCUUGCCUUUUCGCUGAUUGUGGGCAAAGUCACCGUCCAUUUCCCGGACCCCUUAACGAAACUUCCGACAUUCAAGCCACAGGAUUUUUAUUGCAGGCUCGUUUAUGACUGCAAAACUGCAUCCUUCACGGAUAUCAACGCAAGACAAGCAUCCUUAGCAGUAAAUAGUGCACCACCGGAUAACUGCCCUGGUUGUCUGCUCGUCGAGCACAGAGAUCAAGAACUGUACGGAAAAAAGAUAACCAAUGGCGUAGCAUGGCAUGGUGUCAGUUAUCACAUCAAUGACUUCGUUCUCAUCAAGGCGAAAGAGGGCCCAUGUCAUGUGGGUCACUUGACGAGCAUCUCAUUUCCAACUAGGUUGCGGGAGAGUGAUGAACCCAGCGUUAAGGUCAAAUUAUUCGGGCGCAUGGACAAGCUCGGACUGCGCCCACACAAUAUAAUCAAAGACGAGCGUCACUUGUUCGCCACUGAUGAUGAGAUGGAAGUCGUAUUAUCAGACCUGCUCGGACUAUGCUUUGUGUAUCCACACAAUUCACUACCAGAUCCCAGAGCUUGGCUAUUAGCUGCACCAAACCAUUUCUUUGUCCGGUAUCACUUCCCCUCCUUAGACGUACGGUCUUGGAACCAAAGGAGGGACAUGGAGCCGCACGAACUUCUCAUAUGCAAAACGUGCGUCCAGGAAAACUUAGACAAACAUAAUACUUUGAAGGAGUUUAUGUCCAAUGCUCGACGACGACCUCUUCGCGCAUUCGAUCCUUUUGGUGGAUCAGGAGCAUUUGGAUUAGGUCUGGAGGAAUCCGGUUGUAUAAAGGUGACACAUGCAGUCGAAAUUUCACCUAGUGCUGCAAGGACCAUGAAGCGCAAUUGUCCGGAUACCACUGUGUACAACCAAUGUGCAAAUAAGAUAUUACAGUGGGCUAUAAAGAAGCAUGAAGGGCUUCCAGUGGACAGGCUUAAGACUAUAGACAAUAAUAAGAACCUACCUCCGCCUCUUCGACCAGGGGAUAUAGACUGUAUAGUAGCUGGGUUUCCAUGCCAGCCCCACUCUCGGCUGAAUAUGUACCAGAAAGCCAAUGACCUAAAGAGCAAUCUCAUCCUCAAUGUCUUAUCUUGGAUCGACUUUCUACAGCCUCGGUACUGCAUAUUUGAGAACGUUCGCGGGUUCCUUCAGUAUAACCUCAAGGCUCAUCAGGUUGAUGAGCAUAAAGUUGCGGGAGGCAUUGAAAUGGGUGGCUUGAAAUUUGUGAUGCGGGUGAUGAUUGCUAUGGGUUACCAAGUUCGUGUUGGCUUGCUCCAGGCCGCACAUUAUGGUACUCCACAGACCCGCGUCCGCUUUUUCCUUGUCGCGUCGAAGCAUGGCUACCCGUUACCAGAACUUCCUCAACCAUCGCAUGACUUCCCUCUUGUAGAUAGUCUGGAGAUUAAGUUUCCAAACGGUCACUAUGUUCGUCCCAUCAAGUUCAUGAACGGGACAGCGCCCCAUAGUUAUGUGUCUAUUGAUGAUGCAAUACACGAUCUUCCUUUAUUCGAUUGGAGCAAUCCGGACCGUGCUGGCAGAUCUCGCCAAGAUCCGGAAACACGCGAUGAUAUCAAGCAAGUCAAGUGCGACAAGCAGAAAGCUUGGUGCGGUCUCCGUGGUCAAGCGGUAUACCGACAUGAACCACGCACGGCCUUCCAGCUGUGGUGCCGACGGAAACCAACUGAAGACCUUCAGCAAUACACUCGAACUUACCUUCCUAUCAAGGUGAAAAGAGUGAGGAGUAUCCCUCUCAAAGCCAAAGCGGAUUAUAGGGAUAUGCCUUCUGCUCUUUGGGAAUGGCAAACGGCGAAUCCUGGUUCUGCAAUGGCUAGAUCUGGGUUUAGACCUGGUCUUUAUGGGCGGUUGGAUAGAAGUCUCUGGUUUCAAACCACAGUGACUAACGUUGAUCCCACUGCAAAGCAAUGUCGCGUCUUGAAUCCAUAUUGUAUGCGGAUCGUAACGGUACGGGAACUUGCAAGAUCGCAAGGAUUCCCUGAUUAUUUCACUUUCUACGCUGACGGCGAUAACGUAAUAACAAUGCAUCGCCAAAUUGGCAAUGCAGUCCCUUGGCCCGUGUCACUCGCAUUGGGCAGAGAGUUACGUUCUGCUUUGAUCAAAAAAUGGGAGGCUGAUCGCGAGGGCGCCAUGGUUAUGGACUGA